AUGCUUCACUCGCUCUUGUCCUUCGUUGCCAUCACCGCUCUCCUCUCUAAUUCCUUCGUCUCUGCCGCUCCUGCAAGACACGUUGCCAGAGAUGGCUCCUCGUGCACGCCCGACAAGAUCAAGACCAGGGUGGAUUUCAACAAGAUGCCCCCGGACGAGCGAAAGGCCUACACCGACGCGGUGAAAUGCCUGAUGGGCAAGCCCUCUAACCUCGACCGAGCCGUGUACCCUGCCGCCACAAAUCGGUACAUGGACUACGCCGUCAUCCACGUCAAUCGCACCCAAUAUGUGCACCUAGACGCCUUCUUCCUCACCUGGCACCGCUACUUCCUGUGGAUCUACGAGAACGACCUCGAACAAUCGUGCGGCUACUGCGGUCCCUUCCCCUACUGGGACUUUGCCUCCACGGCGUCAGACCCGCGCGCCUUCCCCAUCUUCGACGGCUCCGAAUACUCCAUGUCGGGCGACGGGAUCUUCAACGACACAGGGCCCAUCACGCUCGGUGCGGAAUUGACGAUCCCACAUGGCACAGGCGGCGGGUGUGUCACGACAGGUCCCUUUGCCAACCAGGUCGCGCCCCUCAAAUUCAUCGACCCCAGCCAACUCAUCCAGGGGACUCUCCCCGCGGACGCGUUCGCGUACAAUGACAUCUGCCUCAUGCGCGACCUCAACGCCUACGUCUCCCAGACGUACACCAACGGCACGGAACUCGUGGCGGCCGCGCACGCGACCAACGCUUCCAACUUCGAGUUCCUGCUCAACGGCGUGAUCGGGUCAUCGAGCCUCGGCAUCCACUCGGGCGCCCACUUCAGCGUGGGCGGCCAGAUGGACUCCAUCCACGUCAGUGCGCAGGAUCCCGUCUGGUAUCCCCUACACACCAUGAUCGACAAGGUCUACUGGUCGUGGCAGCAGAAUUACCCAGAACUAGCGGACCAACUCGAUGGCAGUACGGGCACGGCGCUGAACACGCCGCCCAGCGACGUGGUCACGCUCGACUCGACCGAGCCGGAUUGGGGGUACUUCCAGCUAAGUCCCAUCAAAGUCAGGGAGUUGAUUUCUACGACGGGCGGGCCGUUCUGUUAUCAGUACGAUAACGUGAUUGGAUGA